AAUUAGUCCAUUUAAGCUGAAUUGUGGGUGCGAAUAGCAAAAGUUGGGGUGCGCAGAGCACGUCCGUUUUUAACACAAACCUUCCUAAACACGCCCUCAGCCAUCCAGCCUCGGACAGUCGGCGAAGGAAAGACUCACGCCUCACGGAUAGGAAACUGAUGCUACAGAUUGCUGAAUAACCUCUCACGCCUCUGUAAAUUAGCGAUUCAGUGAUUAGUUUUCUCAAUUCUCAGGCUGUACAGGCAUCAAAGCCAUUGACGAAUGUUAUUCUGGUGAACCAAGUCAACCAACUACAUUCUCUACUUGACACCUUUCUGAUUGCAAUCACAAGUCAAAUUUGAUGGGGAAAAAUGACUUCUUGACCCCCAAAGCCAUCGCGAACAGAAUUAAAGCAAAAGGUCUGCAGAAGCUCCGAUGGUAUUGCCAGAUGUGCGAAAAACAAUGCCGGGAUGAGAACGGAUUUAAAUGCCACUGUAUGAGCGAGUCCCACCAGCGCCAGAUGGAGGUGUUUGGGCAGAACCCUAACCGGAUCGUCAGUGGCUACUCAGAGGAGUUUGAGAGUGCGUUCCUUGAACACAUGAAGAGAAGCCACCGGUUUAGCCGUGUGGCUGCCACGGUUGUGUACAAUGAGUAUAUAGCUGAUCGCCAACACAUUCAUAUGAAUUCUACGGAGUGGGCAACUUUGACAGAGUUUGUCAAGUACUUAGGCAGGACUGGGAAGUGUAAAGUUGAUGAGACUCCAAAGGGGUGGUUUAUAACUUAUAUAGAUAGGGACUCCGAGACUCUUUUCAAGGAGAAGAUGAAAAGCAAACGAGUCAAGGCUGACAUAGCAGAGGAAGAGAAGCAAGAGAGAGCGAUUAAGAGACAGAGAGAGAAGGCAGAAGAGUUGAUGGGGGGUGGUAUCUCAACAGACGAGAUUAAUGACUCUUCUGAACGGAAAUUACUGGAGAAGAAGUUGGAUGGUUGUGAUCAGAAGGUGAAGUUGUCUUUGGGCCCAUCAUUGAAACCCACUAAUGAAAAAGACAGACCUGAAAGCUGUUCAAUAUCUGUUUUUGACGCGAUGAAUUAUCAUCAGAACACGACUGGAGAUGGGAGUGCAUCAAAAUUGGGUGGAAAGAGUGGUUUUGGAGGGGUAAGUGGUGGGGGUGUGUUGGAUGAGCUGAUGAGAGAGGAAGAACAAGCAAAGGAAAAGCAAAACAGGAAGGAUUAUUGGUUAUGUGAGGGAAUAGUGGUGAAAGUUAUGAGCAAGGGGUUGGCUAAUAAGGAUGCAUAUUAUAAGAAAAAGGGUGUCAUUAGGAGGGUAAUUGAUAAGUAUGUUGGUGAAAUUGAAAUUCUUGAAAAUAAGCACAUACUGAGAGUUGAUCAGGAAGAGCUUGAAACUGUGAUCCCCCAAAUUGGUGGUCUUGUGAGGAUAGUCAACGGGGCUUACCGUGGAUCAAAUGCUAGGUUGUUAGCCAUAGAUACUGAUCAUUUCUCUGCCAAGCUGAAAAUUGAGAAGGGUAUAUAUGAUGGCAAGGUUCUUAAGGCUAUUGACUACGAAGAUAUUUGCAAAUUGGGUGUGUAAUGACACAAACUCGAUGAGAGCUUGCCCACUUCCAGCAGUUGCGCAUCUGCUUUCUUUCUGGAUGAUUUAUGGUUUUGUAACUUUUGGUGUAUGCACUUUUCUAAACUGAAUCAUCAAUCCUCUGUUCACAAUUGUAAAAACAUUUCAAACAUCAAAGUCAACGGCUCUUGCUUAAAUUGGCUUAUCAAUUCCAAACAUUUUCAUUUUUGGACCUAUUGUUUUGUGAUUGGGACACUUUUGGUCAUUUUGCCUAGUGAUGGUGAUACUUUUAAUUUCCCAAUUGUGACACCAAUAUUUGUUUUCAAAUGAUUGUAAUGAAAUUCAAACAGAGCAUUAAAAUUGUAACUCUCACAACAGUGAACAGUCUGGGACUAAGAACGAUGUAUCAUUUAUUUGAUCUCAAUUGCAAGGAAUUCAUUUUGCUUGGUU